AUGGCUGACGCGUAUCCGCACGCGCUGCUCGUGGAGUUUGAGAAAAAUCACGUCCCUAAACUGAAGAAUAAACUGAUCAAGUAUUUCCAGAGCAGGAGGCUGUCCUGCGGAGGAGACUGCACCGUGGAGCAUGAGGCGGGCGGCGGGACCGCGGUGCUCAGGUUCCGGACACAACAAGACCAGAGCAACGUUCUGAAGAAAAAGUCUCACGUUCUCCGUCUGGAACAAGGAGAACUAGAACUCAGAGUGAGACGCACAACACAGGACUCUCCCUGUGAUCAGAUCAGCAGUGAAACCACUCCUCCUUCCACAGUGGUCCACACCCACAGAGCUCCAGGUGGAGGUGAUGGAGGUGAUGGAGGGGGGAGCCUGCCUGUCUCUGUGCCCAGCCCUGCUGCUCCUCUCGUGGGCUCUCCUCGCUCAGACACGCUCCUCCCCACGGCCUGCGUCCUGGGGAACGUCCCUGUGGACACGAGCCAGGAGUUUGUGGAGCUGCUGGUGGAGAGUAUCAUGAACAAAGAAGCUCCACCUGCAGAAGGAGUCACCAUGGAGAUGAUCCCCGCUCUGAAGUCCACUGUGGUCAGCUUCAAGACCGCACAAGAGUGCAGUGAGUUCGUGGAGCGCUGCCCUCAGAACAAGACCUUUAAGUCGAAGUCGAUGGAGGUGAGAGCUUUGGAACCGACCAGGCAGGUUCUGCUGGAGGACACCAUGGACGAGGAGCUGCUGAGGCUGUACUUCGAGAAGGAGGGAGCGGAGCUGGAGACAGUACAGGUCCAAGAGAAGCACCAACGGAUGGUCCUCACAUUCACCAACCGCACUGAUGUCAUCCGGCUGCUGCAGAAGCCUCACAAGCUCCAGAAGAAGCAGCUGAAGUUGUACCCGUUUUACCAGAGCCUGGGCCGGGCUCUGUACGGCGCAGACAGACCCCCCAUCAGGCUGCCCGCUGCUCUGCGCCACUCCACAGAUCCGGCUCUCCUCCGGUUCUUCUCUGGAAGACCCUCAGUCCUGCAGAACCUCCACUCACAGCUGAAGACCCACUGGUGCCAGGCAGAGUUCAAACAGGACUGUGUGAACCUGAGUCCGAAGCCGGAGCUGCUGCAGCAGGAGGAGCAGGUCAUCGGGGACUGGACUGAGACCAUCAGGUCGAUUCUGUCCAGGUUCUUGUCUCAAUUUGACGUCUUUAAGUUGAACCCUCCUCCUGAUCUGUGGAGGCAAAGUUUGGAGAAGAUCUCAAGUCUUCUGACAAACCAAGACCAGGUCCUGAUGGUCCCAGACGAGUCCAAUGGGAUCCUAAAAGUGGUGGGACUCAAAUCGGACACCUCCAAACUCCAAGAGCAGCUCUGCGAAUCCAUCAACUCGCUCAUAAAACGUGCGCGCAGAGAGAAGACGCAAGUCACAGAGCCGAUCGAGGUCCCAAUGAGCAUCUUCAAGCUACUGUCCCAAGAUGGCCUCCAACAGAAGCUGCUAACUGUCUACCCAGAUUUGAAAUUCGAUAUGCGCGGCCCGUGUCCAAAAAUAACCGGAUUAAUAGAAGAGAUCGCAGCCUCAAAGAGCGAGAUCUAUAAAAAAAAGUCAGACCUGGAAAGCCAAAAUGUAGAAGUAGACACUUACAUGCUGGAGUUUUUAAAAUCAGGAGAACAGGAGGAGCUGACAAACGCACUGCUGACCAGGAAGCACGCAGUUUUGGAAAUUUCCGGGAAUCGAAUCAAACUUUCGGCCUGUACGAGGAAAGAUGUGACAGAGGCAGAGGCGUUUGUAAAGUCAGUUCUGGUUUCAGAAUACGUCAAAGCUGAGGAUAGUAACGUGCUGCAGACGAUCGAGUGGCAGUCACUGGUGGACGAACUCGAGAAUCAUGAAAAUAAAGGAACCAACAAAGUCCAGAUUAGAACAGAGGAUGACCAAGCUGUAGUGUCUGGGUUCAAAGAAAACGUGAUCACGGUUAGCCAAAAACUUGAAUGUUUCUUAAAUCAAAAUGCUCAUAUUCAGAAUAGCAUUGUCAUCGACUCUAUCGCCAAACUAGAAUACCUCCAGCAGUUCUCAAAGUCAAAGUUAGAUGCCAUUAAAGAUAAAGUACAGGUUUCUUUUACAAAGAAUGGCGUUUGCCUAAGCGGCGCGAGAGCUAGCGUUGAAGAGUGCUUAGAUGUACUCAAGAAGAUGGUCGCUUCUGUCGCCUUUGAAUCGGUAACCGUCACUAAACACGGAGCUAGGAAGCUGUUUGAGGACAAGGAGGAGAAUUACCCGUCGAUUAUCACAAAUAAAACGGGGUGUGUGGUGAAGAUGGUGGAGGUCGCUGAUGCUAAACAAAAGAUUCUUUUAGCCAGUCCACAGCCGGUUUACCAGAUCAAAACAGCAGAUGGAGUAGAGAUUGUAGUUUCAAACGCAGACAUGUGCAGCUAUCCAGUGCACGCUGUCGUUAACGCAACAGUGGAAGACUUACAGCUGACCAAAGGGCUCUCUGCUGCUCUGUUGAACGCAGCAGGCCAACAGCUGCAAGUUGAAUGUGAUAAGAUAAUAUCAACACACGGGAAACUGAAACCAGGAGAGUGCGCAGUGACACAGGCAGGUGGAAGUCUGCAGUGCCAAAAUAUCAUCCACGCGAUCGGACCUCAAUACGACAAGAAAAAUGUGGCAAAAUCCCACGCGCAACUGAAGAGGGCGGUGAAGAGGAGUCUGGAGCUAGCGGAGCUAUGCCAGUGCAGCUCCAUAGCCAUCCCAGCCAUUAGCCGAAACCGCAACUUCCCGCUAAAAGAGUGCGCCCAAACCAUCGUGAAAGCCGUCAAAGAGUACUGCGAGGAGAGAUAUGACGAUGACUGCCUGAAGAGCGUCCAUUUUGUGAACAAUGAGGAUGCCACGGUGAGAGCGAUAGAGGACGCGGUGAAGAUGGAGUUUGGAGGAGGAGGAGUCAGUCACAAAAUGGCCGUCCUUCCUGCUGCUUCUACGGCGGCCUCGGCCUCGGCUCCGUCUGCUUCAGCUCUGGUGUGCAAAGAGUUGACCAAAGAGGGACUAGAGAUCUGCAUCCUGAAAGGGAACCUGGAGAAAGCCACGACGGAUGUUAUCGUGAACACAAUAUCCCAGGACCUGAAUCUGUCCGUGGGAGCUGUCUCCAGUGCGAUCCUGUCUGCGGCCGGCCCCAGCCUCCAGACUAUGGUCCAGGCCGGUCAGAACCAGGCCGGGCAGAACCAGGCGUCUGUGGGGGAGCUGAUCGUCACUGAGGGUGGAAACCUGAGUUGCCUGAAGGUCUUUCACGCUGUGGCUCCUCACUACAACAAGGGACAAGGCAACGCGCCGAAGCUGCUGAGCGACCUCUUCGGAGCCUGUCUGUCCAAAGCGGAGGACCUGGGAAUGUCGUCCAUCUCCUUCUCCGCGAUCGGAGCCGGGAAUCUGGGCUUCCCCAAAGAUCAGGUCUUCUCUCUGCUCGUGGAGAGAGUCCUGGAGAUCAGCAGCAAGAAACCAAAGACCCUCAGAAAAGUCCACGUGGUGCUGUACCCGGGAGACACGGAGACGAUACGGGUUUUCAGUGAUGAGUUUCAAAAGAAGUUUCCACAAGCAGGAGGCUCAUCUACAGCUGCAGCAGCGCCCCCUGGAGGGCCCUUCUCUAAGGUCGUGUCCACGUCUUCGAUGCACGAGGCCAAAAUGGGCGGCGUCUCAGUUCAGGUGGUCACUGGUGACAUCACCAAAGAAACCACUGAUGUCAUCGUUAACUCGUCCAAUGAGAACUUCUCCCUCAAAUCAGGAGUGUCCAAGGCCAUCCUGGACGCCGCCGGAGCCAGCGUGGAGAACGAGUGUCAGACUCUGGGAGCUCAGCCCAACAGCGGCUUGAUCCUGACGCAGCCCGGAAACCUCAAGUGUAAGAAGAUCCUCCACCUGGUGGGAAAGACCGACCCCGUGAAGAUCAUCGCCACCGUACAAGACGCUCUGCUCACCUGCAUCAAGCACUCCCUCACCUCUGUCGCCUUCCCCGCCAUCGGCACAGGUCAGGGGAACGUGGCGGCGCGGACAGUCGCGGACGCCAUGUUGGACGCGGUGGUGGAGGUGCUGAGGAAAAACCCAAACAGUUGUCUGAAAAACGUGAGGAUUGUGAUCUUCCAGAAGCAAAUGCUCCCAGACUUUCAUGACAGUCUGCAGCAACGGUCUGCGUCCGCCCCCACGCCCGCCCCCACGCCCACCCCCACGCCCGCCGACAAGGGGGGCAGCCUGCUGGGAAAUAUGGUGUCCAAGGUCAAAUCGUUCUUCAGCUCCUCGUCCCCGGACAAGACCCAGACGACCUCAGACUUUGUGAGAGACGCUCUGAAGCCCGCGCCCGUCUGCUUCCACAUCUGCGGAGAGUCUGCCUCCAAAAUCAACUUGGCCAAACAGAAAAUCAACUCUGUCCUGACCAAGAAUCUCCUCAGCGAGAGCAUCAAGGAUGAGAUGGUCUUCAGCCUGUCCCAGGACCAGCUGAGACGCCUGGACGAGGUGCAGCGGAGCAGCGAGGUGGGGAUCAAGGUGGAGGGGAUUAACGGAGAAGGGAGCAUCCACAUCGAGGGGCUGGCCCAGGAUGUGGCGAGCGCCAUCAAACUGAUCCACGGUAUUCUGAAGGCCGCGAGACUGGAGGAAGACCUGAACCAGAAGGCGGCGCUGUUGAGUGCGGUGAUAGAGUGGCAGUAUGCGGCGCCCGGUCAGGACUUCCACAGCUUCGACUUGAAGACGAACUACGAGCUGGAGCAGGCUCUGGAGGCGAAGAAGAGCCAAGUGAAAGUGAAACUAAACGGACAAGAGGUGACGGUGAAACUGCCCGAUGGACCGGCCACGAACAAGAGUGGACAGAGCCUGAAGAUACAGAGGGUCAACAAGAGCAGCGAUCUUCCUCCGUCCUGGGAGCAAAUGGACAGCUUCUCCACCAAAGUCCUCCCUGUGGCCCCUGGGAGCCCGGAGUACAACACAGUGGAGCAACAGUUCAAGGCCUCAUGUAACAGGAAUAUAAUCAAGAUCGAGCGCGUCCAGAACCCGGCGCUGUGGCAGAGUCUGCAGAUCAAGAAGAGAGCGAUGGACGUGAAGAACGGACACCAGAACAACGAGAGACAAUUGUUCCACGGCACGAGCCAGGACACCAUCGCCUUCAUCAACGAGCACGGCUUCAACCGCAGCUACGCCGGCAAGAACGCUACGGCGUAUGGUAAAGGCACAUACUUCGCCGUGAAAGCCCAGUACUCGAGUAGUAAUACAUACUCCCGCCCCAGCGCCACAGGUGAGAAGUUCAUGUACCUGUGCUCCGUCCUGACUGGAGACUUCACCACAGGGGCCCAAGACAUGAUAGAACCUCCUCUGAAGAAGGCCGGCACCACUGAGAAGUACGACAGUGUGGUGGACAACACUCAGAACCCCAGCAUGUUCAUCGUCUUCCACGACAGCCACGCCUACCCCGACUACCUUAUCACCUUCAAAUGAGUUUAGACCUGCUUUAGACCUGCUUUAGACCUGCUUUAGACCUGGUUUAGAUCUGGUUUAGACCUGGUUUAGACCUGCUUUAGACCUGGUUUAGACCUGCUUUAGACCUGGUUUAGACCUGGUUUAGACCUGCUUUAGACCUGGUUUAGACCUGCUUUAGACCUGCUUUAGACCUGCUUUAGACCUGGUUUAGACCUGCUUUAGACCUGCUUUAGACCUGGUUUAGACCUGCUUUAGACCUGCUUUAGACCUGGUUUAGACCUGCUUUAGACCUGGUUUAGACCUGGUUUAGACCUGCUUUAGACCUGGUUUAGACCUGGUUUAGACCUGCUUUAGACCUGGUUUAGACCUGCUUUAGACCUGCUUUAGACCUGGUUUAGACCUGCUUUAGACCUGGUUUAGACCUGCUUUAGACCUGGUUUAGACCUGCUUUAGACCUGGUUUAGACCUGGUUUAGACCUGCUUUAGACCUGCUUUAGACCUGGUUUAGACCUGCUUUAGACCUGGUUUAGACCUGGUUUAGACCUGGUUUAGACCUGCUUUAGACCUGGUUUAGACCUGGUUUAGACCUGGUUUAGACCUGCUUUAGACCUGGUUUAGACCUGGUUUAGACCUGCUUUAGACCUGCUUUAGACCUGGUUUAGACCUGCUUUAGACCUGGUUUAGACCUGGUUUAAACAGUUUAUCUGUAUGUCAGAUGCCCUUCCAUCCUCCUUAUGCCUGUAGCCUUAAACUGAAAUGGGGGAAUGUGUCUGUAGUUAAUCUGCAGAUGUUGUGGUAUGUCAGAUGCCCUUCCAGAUAUCUUGUGGGGACAGUGGAUCUUCUCAUUGAAAUGAUCAGGUUGUUCUUUAAGUGCACUUGUCAAACACUGUGGUGUAUGAUGUUUACUCAGUGCAUUAUUUUAUUGGAUGUUUUUUUAUGCCUGUAACAUUUACACAAAUAUAUUUAAGGUUUAGCCUGGUUUUAUCUUGGUUUAUUUUGGUGGAGUCCAAGUUUAGUUCUGCUAAGACCUGGUUCAGUCCUGGUUUAGUCCUGAUUUAGUCCUGAUUUAGUCCCGAUUUAGUCCCGGUUUAGUCCUGAUUUAGUCCUGAUUUAGUCCUGGUUCAGUCCUGAUUUAGUCCUGAUUUAGUCCUGAUUUAGUCCUGAUUUAGUCCUGGUUCAGUCCUGAUUUAGUCCUGGUUUAGUUCUGUUUUUUCAUGAUCAAAUCUCCACAGCAAUGGCUCAUUUUGUUCAUUUGAAGGAUCUAUUAAAACUUAUUUUUGCUAUUGUGGGUUUAAUUGUUUGUAAUCUGCUGUUGAAAUACAUUACUGUAAAAUAAAGAUCAAAGUCUCUG